CAUUCAAGGAAAGAAAAAGAAAACACAUGUAUAAUAUAUAGUGAAUACUAUUACUACGUGUGUGCCAACUCUUACCUGCACCCUUAAGGUUACAACAAGGGAAAAUAAAAAAUAAAAAAUCAAAGCAAAUGAUUGCAGACAGUUCAACCUUAAACACAAGAACAACAAGAACAGUAAGUACCCAAAAUGGAGGUAAAGGUGUAACAAACACGACAUUCUCAGCUGUUGGGAGUCUCAUAAAGCUGCUUCCUACAGGUACAGUGUUCUUGUUCCAAUUCCUAAACCCCGUUGUGACCAACAGUGGUAAAUGCAACACCACCAACAAGUUGCUUAGUUCCAUUGUCCUGGUGGCAUGUGCCUUCAAUUGUUGCUUUUCUUCCUUCACCGAUAGCUAUACAGGAAGUGACAACCAAAGGCACUAUGGAAUUGUAACAACAAAGGGACUGUGGCCUUCUUCUCAAGCGGGUAAGUCUAUUGACUUGUCGGGGUAUAAGCUCAAAUUUGGAGAUUUUGUGCAUGCGGCUUUAUCUUUGUUUGUGUUCGCAGUGUUGGGUCUCUUGGAUACCAACACUGUGCACUGCUUCUACCCUGGUUUUGAGUCAACUCAGAAGCGUCUACUUCAGGUGCUACCCCCAGCUAUUGGGGUGUUAGCGGGUGGCUUGUUCGUCAUUUUCCCCAACCAUCGACAUGGAAUUGGAUACCCUCCAAGCACCGAUUCUAACGACACCUCUCCAAAAUCCAAUGAUGCCUCACCUCCCCAAAAUCCAAAUGAAAAUGUUUAGUAUUAGUAGUUUUUUAAAGAUAAAUUAAGUGUAGAAUUUUAGAUGUUUUUGGUGUUAUUUUUUAAUUAAAAUUAAAUUUUUAUCUCAACAAGUGUCUUAACAAAGUUUAUUGAGAUAAAACUUUGAAAUUUUAAUUAAAAAAUAACCUAAAAAUGUUUAAAAUAUUAGUGGACUUAAAAGUUUUGUUCUUAGCAAAUUAUGCGGCUGCGUCUACGAAAAUAUUAGCACAUGCUGAUGGCAUUUGCAUGGCGAGCUAUGUAAUGGUUAACUGAAAUGUUAAUGUUGUAGGCUUUUCUAUUUCCAUUGUCUCUAACGAGAAAAAUCAUGUUUCUCUGAGAUUUGGACAGUGAUAGUUAUCAUUUAUAAUUAUGAUUCAUACCUCAUUUCAGACCCAUAAAAGGAGGUGAAAAAAACAUUUUUAUUAUUGUUUAUUGGUCGAAACUUGGUUUGCAACGUGCUGUGUACUUGUCCAGCUU